AGUUUUUAAAGAACUUGUUCUUUGUUUUAAGAACUAAGAAAAUGAAGACGAUAAUAGAAUGCUGUGUCUCUGCAAGUGCCACACGUGUCUGUGGCCUUUUGCCAUACAGAAAUUAUAAUUCAUGUAAUAGCAUGCUUGCAAAUUGUUCAGCUUCAUCCUCAACAACAAGAAGAACUUUAUCUCUUUCUCUCAUCUCCACCACUUUCUCUGCAUUCAUCUUCUCACUUUCUCCUCCUUCUUCUUCCUCUUCUACUACUUCUUCUUCUUCUUCUUCUUCUUCUUCAAAAUUGCCCUUAUCAAAGUUCUUUGAGAUCCCUGAUUCAGGUGGAGUUCAGGCUUUGGACCUCCUUGAUGGUUCAGGUGAAGUUCCCUCAGAUGGGGAUCAGGUUGCAAUUCACUACUAUGGCAGGCUUGCAGCAAAACAGGGAUGGCGUUUUGACUCAACCUAUGACCACAAAGAUGACAAUGGCGAACCCAAUCCAUUUGUCUUUGUCCUUGGCUCUGGCAAGGUUAUAGCUGGAAUUGAUGUGGCAGUGAGAUCGAUGAAAGUAGGAGGUAUUCGUAGAGUCAUCAUACCCCCAUCACUUGGGUAUCAAAACACAUCACAAGAGCCAAUCCCACCUAACUUCUUUGACAGGCAGAGGUUGUUCACUACCAUUUUUAAUCCAACUCGCCGUGCAAAUGGAGAAGGCUCCACUUUAGGAACAGUUAUAUUUGAUAUUGAGCUGGUGAGCGUGAGGCAUCAGUGAAGUCAACAAGUAUGAUCCAACAUGGCAAUCAAAUAUAUACUGUUAUCAUUAUUGGCAAAGAUAAAAACUUAUCUUAGCAUUGCAUAAUCAUAUUGGUUUUGGUCUAUUAUAGUUUAUUCAGUUAUAUCAUGAUGUCUGCUGUGUAAUUAUUAGUUUUGAAGUAAUGUAAUUAUUAACAUUGAAAAUAUUUUUAAGACUAUAAAUUGAUGACACUGGUUAAGUUUACAAACUAAAAGCAAAUUAACUUGUAGGACUAACGUUAAUUUGGAUUUCUAAGAGAGUGACAGAAGUGACGAACUUCUUUUUAUUUUUUUUUCCCAAAUAGGCAAUAAAUUACAGUUUUGAGGAUUAAAAUAAUU